GUCUGUCUCAGCAUGGAGAACCAGCGAGUCCUGUCCUCCUACCGCAAGCGCUUCGGCCACCAGAGCAGCUCCUCGGUGGGGGGGCGCCUGUCCACCGGCCGCCUCUCGCUGCACGCCGGCGGGCGCCACCUCUCGCUCUCCAGCCCCAUGACCCUCACCGCCUCGCGCCUGUCGCUGGGCAGCGCGCCGGUCAGCGGCGAGCGGCUGGACUUCUCCACGGACUCGCUGCUCAAGGCCCAGUACCGCGAGACGCGCACCAACGAGAAGGUGGAGAUGAUGGGCCUGAACGACCGCUUCGCCAGCUACAUCGAGAAGGUGCGCUUCCUGGAGCAGCAGAACAAGAUGCUGGUGGCCGAGCUGAACCAGCUGCGCGGGAAGGAGCCCAGUCGCCUGGGCGACAUCUACCAGGAGGAGCUGCGCGAGCUCCGCCGCCAGGUGGACGGCCUGGGCGCCGGCAAGGCCCGGCUGGAGAUCGAGAGGGACAACCUGGCCGGCGACGUGGCCACCCUCAAGCAGAGGCUGCAGGAGGAGAGUGCUCUGCGGCAGGAGGCCGACAACAACCUCAACACCUUCAGACAGGAUGUGGAUGAGGCAGCGAUGAACAGGGUGCAGCUGGAGAGGAAGAUUGAUGCUCUGCAGGAUGAGAUCAGCUUCCUCAAGAAGAUCCACGAGGAGGAGUUGCGUGAGCUCCAGGAGCAGCUGCAGGCCCAGCAGGUGCAUGUGGAUGUGGACAUGUCCAAACCCGACCUGACGGCUGCGCUGAGGGACAUCAGGGUCCAGUACGAGGCCAUGGCUAACUCCAACAUGCAGGAGACCGAGGAGUGGUACCGCUCUAAGUUUGCUGAUCUGACUGAUGCAGCCAAUCGCAACACAGAAGCUCUGAGACAGGCCAAACAGGAGGCCAAUGAGUACCGCCGACAAGUACAGGUGAUGACCUGUGACCUGGAAGCUCUUCGUGGAACUAAUGAUUCUCUGGAGAGACAGCUGCGCGACAUGGAGGAUCGCUUCGCCAUGGAGACCGCUGGUUACCAGGACAGCAUUGCGCGCCUGGAGGACGAGAUCCACAGCCUGAAGGAGGAGAUGGCCAGGCACCUGCAGGAGUACCAGGACCUCCUCAACGUCAAGUUGGCCCUGGACAUCGAGAUCGCCACCUACAGGAAGCUACUGGAGGGCGAGGAGAGCAGAAUUACUGUUCCUGUGCAGAGCUUUGCCAAUCUCCAAUUCAGAGACACUCCCAUGGACAACAAGUUCUCCCCAGAGGCUCACGUGAAGAGGAGCAUCGUGGUGCGGACCGUGGAGACUCGUGAUGGGGAGAUAAUAAAGGAGUCGACCUCUGAGCGGAAGGAACUGCCCUAAACGCCUCCGAAUGCACACAGGACAAAUGGACAUGAAGAGCACAGUGGCCCAUUGCUCACAGCAGACAGCUCUGUGGCCUCCUUAGUGUCUCUGGAUUUCAUACUCUCUCUCUCUCUUUCUGUCUCCCUCUCCCUAUAUUUCUUUCUCUACUGUAUCUCUCUCCCUCUCUUUCUCUCUCUGUCUAUCUCACUGAACUAAAAUCAGACUGAAACCACCACGCCUGUCUCUACCCAAUAAUAAUAACUACCCCUACUUCACAGAUCCACCCCAUCUGUCAUCAUACGGAUGCAGCUAACAUUAACCGUACUGUAACAUUAAAGUUAAGAACAUGAAGGGAAAAAAUGUGCUUUACUUCCCUAGCACUUUUACCAAAUAUUUUGUGAUACAACCAAGACAACUUUGGUAGUAUGGCACUGAAUAAGUUAUAAAAGAUCACAAAAAGCUCCCUAUGUGGAGGCUUUGGCAUGGCCAGACUGUUGUAGUAUUUGUGUACAACUCAUAGCCGAGUGCCAGCCAUGAAAUCGUAGAAAGUGUUCCUAGUCGGAGAGCAGACAAAGACAAGUAGUUUAUGUUCGGUCCUUAGCAGGGAUGACGGUUGAGGGUGCGUGGUUCUUGUGUAGAUGUUUGGUGGGUGGGUAGGGAGAAGGAGAACUACAGGUGCUGCUCUGUAGAUGUAGAGAAGUAGAAAGAGGUGGAUCUUAGGUGGAGGUAAAUGCAUAUGGUGUGCUUGUUUGUCAGGGCCAUUGAUGGACAUACACAUACUCCCCUUACAUUCCAGAGCUACCAAAGGGAGUAUCCUAGUGGGUAUCAUCCACCAUGUAAUUCAUUGAUCUAUUAAUCCACCACCGUUUCUGUGGUAUCAUAUGGUUGGGAGUGGUGUCCUCGCACCCUCUCUGUCUCUAUCAGUCUCUCACUUUCUGUUUGUUGCUGUCUGAGAGCACGCUGUCUUGCCUCAAGUGCGGUUUGAUGUUUUAUCUGCAGCUUUACAGCUGCGGGUGUUAGUAUGUAAUACAGGGGUGGGGGGUGGAGGUGUCUUGUGAGGGAUUCACACGACCCUGGUUCUGGAGCUCUCCAUCACAAACACACACACACACACACACACUUGCAUAGCUUUGUCCCAUCACUCAAGUGUCUGACUGAUUAGGUAGGGACACAAAAGAGAAUGUUCUUGAGAUAGCUGUGUGUUUGUGAUAUUUGUGUAGAUUUGUGUCAAUGUGUGUGUGCAUGAGAUGAGUGAGUGAGGAUAUGUGUGUAGUCGUGUGCAUGUGUGUAUACGUGUGUGUGUGUGUGUAUUUGUGUGCAUAUGUGUAUGUGGGUGUGAGAGAGAGAGAGUGUGUGUGUGUGUGUGUGUGUGUGUGUGUGUGUGUGUGUGUACACACGUGCGUGUGUGUGUGUGUAUGUGUGUUUGUGUUUGUUCCAGGAUGGGUGCUGUCUUGAUGACAGCUCAUUCAAUGAGAGAACUGCUUUCUCACAGAUGAUAAAUACCAUCAUGAAGUCAUCCUCACACCUUUAAAAACUAGAGUGUCUGCAGUGUUAAGUUCAGACAGAUGCUUUAUGUGUGAAUUUAUGUGCAUGUCCCUGUUCAUUAUGUGUGAGUUCUCUGUCAUACAAUGUAAGUUAACAUGUUUACAUUUUGUUUCUGUGAGAUGCUGAUUGAGCAUUUGAUGAACAUUAAUAAUUGCUGAUGAACAUUAAUUACGUUCUUAACUUGGACAAAUUAAUGUCCUAACAAUUAACACAUUUUUGAUCCUCCACCUCACCAUUUGCCUGUUUUUUUUUUGAUUUUGUGAAAUGCAUCCUGUCUGCCGUUUCCUGUUUCAGUUUCUAGCUGUGUUUUAUUGCUUGUUUGUGCUUUUUUUGUGUUUGCAUCGUUGAGGUUUGUCAUGUUCUCAUGUGUACGUGUGUGUGAGGUGUAUAGCUGAUGUGAAAGCUCUCUACGCUCUCAUACCUCCUGGAGCAAAGUGGUGCUACUCUUCUCACUGUUGUUGAUGUACUGUUCCACUGAGAGACAUAAACCAAUAACCUGCAUACAAAUGAUUUGUAGAUGUGGACUGUAGAGACUGGCAUUUUUGUGAAGAAUUAACAAGGAAUAAAAACAGAUUAAAUGUUGAAAUAUCUAUAA